UUACUUUUGUUUGAAAGAUGAAAGAUUCAUUGCCAGAAUGCUGCUGCAUAAUGAAAUGAUGAUGAUGUUACUUGGUACUUGGUUGGUUUGACCUACAAAUAUCCAAGGUGAAGUUUGAUGAAGCUUGCUAUUCUCCAAUCAAUUUCCCAUGAAUCUGAAAUUCUAUAACGAUUGUCUUUCAUUUAACGCUCAUUGCAUUUGCGUCGAGUGAGUCUCUGAGGUGGUGUAUGGUAUGUAGUAUCUGUAGAUUCAGGAUUUACUGAUGUAAAUACGACCGAUAGGAGGUCACGAAGCAGUCGUCGUCCAUCGCUCAUCAUCAUUAGGCCCAUUCACGCAAAUGACAUGACGGAUCUUCAUCUGUAAAGUCACUGAAGAAGCUUUUACAGUGUGCGCAGCUGGUGCUCUAUAUGUGUCUGGAUUAGUUCGUUUCGACACGUGUAAUCAAGUUGGCCUACGGUACAAGAAAUGCAGAAAUUACCAGGUCUUAGACUGGGCUCUAAGAAACAGCCUCUCCUCACCGUCGGUAUGUUGGCGUUCGGUGUGCUCUCGAUGCUGCUUCUUAUUGGAGGCCUGUUCAGUGAUUACUGGAUUAUUACGACCGAACUAGCCUACGAGAGAGAAUUUGGUAACGCAACGCUUCAGGCCUGGGUUAAGCUUCAUGCAGGCCUUUUCAAAGCCUGCCCAUAUGAAGUGGAAAUUAUGUGGAUUCCGAGUAAUCUUUGGAAAAUGACGGGAACAAGUAGUGAAAUAACACCGCUCUAUCCGCAUUCCCUCGCACCUAAUGGUAAAAACGAUACAACGGUCAUAGAUGAAUGCGGCAAUAUUCCAUACAUCUCACCUAACUUAUCCCAGCCUGCUCCGAAUAUUAAUGUUGCUCUUUUAAGAGGAAUAUGGAAAACGACAAUUCUUCUUCUCAUAAGUCUGUUUUUAACGAUACUUGGUUGCAGUAUGGCAACAUAUGGACUGACAGAUAGUUUCUCUUCAAGUCGUCGGCAUUGGGUUUUCAUAGCUGGGAAGACGUUUAUCUUAUCAGGUUUAUUCAUUAUGCUGGGUUUACUGCUGUUUUUCUUUUGUAUUGAUCAAGUGAUGAUGGAGAAGAUGCCGCGAUCCAACAAGAAGGUGUUCACUUAUGGAUUCUCCGUGUCGUUCGCAGUUGUUUCUUGCGCACUACCAGCUGGCGAGAUCUCAGGAGUAUCCGCUGUGUACCUUUACACAAACUCGACUGUAUCGUCACAACCGUCACGAACUAGACCUCCACGACCAAUCAGAAGCCUAACUGCUCACGCUGCGUUAACGCCUAGGCCUUCGAUUGAACCGCCAGUUUUAACGAUAACCGGAGUCAGUCGAUAUAACGAAUAAGCAAUAAUUGCGUUCCCUUUUAGAUGUUGCAUCAUCAAUGAUUCAUAAUUUAUAAAACUUAUAAUGGUAUGUCACUGAGAUAAUAAAAAGAUUAACACGCGUCGUUACACAGGUAAUAUUGCACGUACGUGUGGAAUCGAAGUACGGUAGUUGUGUGUAAGUUUACCGUCUGCGAACAAUCAUUCGGUGAUGCAACCGCCAAGAAUAUCAUGAAGUUCAUUAUUUUAUUGGUUGAAUUUUUAUCUGUAAUUUUCCCAAGUCGCCUUUCACAAUCUCCACGUAGGCAUACAUGACUUAUGCCGACAUCAGUUCGGCGCCGUAUCCUUUCUCUCAUUAUAAAACUUAAUAAAGUAGCAAUUAUUAUCUCAAAGUUUUUAUAUUUGAACACUAAAGUUUACGAAUUAAUUUCCAUUUUGUUAUUAUUGUAUCAGUGUAUUGCUAUUUCGUAAAUUUGUGUAACGUAGGCCUAUAUAUCUAGGAUAUAGACAUUACGCCUGUAUAGUUAAUUUAGCUGAAUAGUACAGUCUGCUGUAUAAUAAUAGGCCUAAAUAGUUUGCAAUAAAACUUGAACAAAACAAACAAUAUCAACUACAACGUGAACAAAGUGUUUCGUUUUACUGAUAUCGUUAGAUUAAUGCAGGAGUUGCAGUUGUACCAAAAUAUUGGUCUAUUUAGCUCUAAUGACAGGCCAAUGUGUUCACGUAAAACGAAUGUAUACAAUGCUUCGUUCACACUAAAGUAAACCUUGGUUCAUACUAGAGACAUUUUGACGUACCGGAAGAAAACGCGAGCAAAGCUACGCGCCUGUUGCGUUACUCUUGCGUUUGCCCGAAAUUUGCUCUAGCGUAAACUAUGCGUCAACCAAGCUUUAAGCUCUGUCAAUCAAGAUAUAACAUUUUAUUUGACCAUGCAACUGUUGUAUGCCCAUAUUUAGUCAUGGUGUGCCUAUAUAUGGUCAUGAUGUGAUGUCAUCAUGAACAUUUAGGCAUGUCACAUGAUCUUGCC